UAACUUCCUCCUGCCAUCAUUCAAGAGCCUUGAAAAGAGUUUAUUUAUACAUGGCCACAGACAGAUUCAAAUAACAGGUUCAGAGUCAUUUGAUGAAUGUACUUAGAGUGGUGCAGAAGACCAUCAGUUUCUGCUGCAGGAAAUCUUACUACAAUGUUCAGCAAGCUGAAGAACUCAACAAGUACAAAUUCCAGGUUUUACCUCGUCCCUGCCAAUGUGGAAGAGGUGCACUCUGGAUACCUGCACAAGUCACCGUCUCACACCCAUUUCAAUUUUUUGAAAUCAUGGAAGAGGAGGUACUUUGUGCUAAGCAAGACCCCUGGAAAUCUGUACGAGCUGAAAUUCUUCAGGGACAAAAAUAAAAGAGACAAACCCCUAGGACAAAUCAACCUUUAUGAGGUUUUACUGCUAUUCCAGCAUGCAGAAUCACAUCCAAUUUGCUCGUGGAUACAAAGGAACUUUAAAUGCUCUGCAUCCUGUGUUCUGUACAUGAGGGUGCCAGAGAGAGAAUAUUUCCUUGUUGGAGAAAACAGUGAUGAGGUGGAGGGCUGGUUUAAUGCAAUAUUUAAGGCAUUGGACACACUGCCCAAAUCAGAGGAAAUCAGGAAUACAUUUGGGAAAUGUAGGUCAAUAUCUGAGCCUUCAUGUUUGUAUCGUGAUCCACAAUGGUCUGAAGACCAAGAACAGAAUAAAACUGAAUCAGGUCCAUCAUCUCUUACAACAAGACAGUCUGCCCCUGAGUCAUUUAACGCUCUGUACUCUCCCUAUGAUUAUCCAAAGAAUUACAUGAAGACACUAUCACAACCUCAGGAAAGUGAUGACUCUGAUGACGAUGAGGAAGAUGAAAUGAAGAUAAACCAAGAAAGUGAAUCAGAGGACAGCUUUAGCACCUACAUGGACAUGAAAUGUGUGACAGAGAUAAUGAGACAGGCUCAGAAUAAAUGCAAGUUCAGACUCACAACCAAAGACGAACAACAUGAAAGAGAAAUAAGCUGAAGAAAGGUUUCCCAAGAAGAGGCCCAGUGGACAAUAUUCCCACUGGAUGGCUCAAAUGGUUAAGCUAGGAUAUGCAAAGAAAAAGAAUUCUGCUGUAAUGUAUGUGUGCCAAUAAUAAAGACUUCUUCUUCUA